AUGGAGUCGCAACACUGUCAUUGCUUGCUGGUUCUCACGUGCGGGCUAGCCUUGUCAGCUGGAUUUCCAACAGAUGCGUCGAGGCAGCUGCAGGAGAUCGUCGUACGGCCUCGCGCCGAGCUGCAGAGCGAGGACCGAGGUGCGCGCACGCUCAGCGCGGCGUGCCACCCGUCCCUGCUGCCUCUCCUCGGCGUCUGCUUGGCACCGGCGAGAGCGUGCCUCGUCUACCCCCUCUCUGCCGCGGCGGCAGCCUUCGAGGACCGCCUCUACCGCACGCCAGCCGCGCUGCAGCGGCUCCGCAUGCUCGGCUUCGAGACGCCGCCUCCGCCGCUCUCCUCUGCCGCACGGCUCCGCGUGCCGCGCGACGCCGCGAGAGCGCUGCACUACUUGCACACGCUCUCGCCCAUGAUCCUGCACCGCGACGUCUCGGCGGGCUGCAGACGAGAGCUCAAAAGAAACUGUAGCCCCGUGCAACAGCGGUCCGGCAGGCUGCCCCCAAGGCCCACCGGGCCGCUGCGGGUUUGGGAGUUAUGCUUAGGCACAGCUUCGGCGAUGGCAGCCCCUCUCUGGGGUGUUGCAUAG